CAUUGUUUUGACAGCUCUGCUUUUGUCUAGACAUCAGACAAACUUCAGAUUUGGUCGUGUCAUACUUGUGUUAUGCCCACGCUUUAAGCAAUGGAGGCAAACGUCUUUGAAUAUGUAAAAGAAUCAGCGAGUGAAGAUGUUGAAAUUUCAAUUGGGGAGAAGAGGAAGCUGAUUCAUCCAAAUUCUUUGAAGGACCCAAAGCUGAAAGAUCUCAAAGAUGCCCUGGUGGACUGGAUCAAUAGCACUCUGGAACCGGAGCAUAUUGUGGUCCAGAGUUUGGAGGAGGAUCUGUUUGACGGACUGGUCCUCCAUCACCUGCUGAUGCGUUUGGCCAAAGUGAAGCUGCCCAUGGAUGAGAUAGCCCUGACCUCUGCCGCUCAGACCCACAAACUGGAGGUGAUCCUGGGACAGCUGAGCCAGCACCUGGGCCCGGAGGAGGACCAGACCAAGUGGAGCGUCCACCUCAUCCACAACAAAGACCUCCUGGCCACUGUUCAUCUGCUGGUUGCCAUGGUGAAGCGGUUUCAGCCGGAGCUCAAGCUACCGCCGGAUGUUGAGGUUGAGGUGGUAGUGGUGGAGGUUAGCAAAAACGGGAUUAGAUCUGAGACGUAUAAAGAGACGUUGACAGAGAGGAUCGCGGACUCGGACUCCCUGAGUAAUACUGAACGGGACCAUCCCAUCGAUCAACUGCUGCAGCUGGACACAAGCAAGGUCAACACAGUCAAGCAGGCCAUUUUACACUUUGUCAACAAGAAUAUGUCCUCUCUGGGUCUGCAGGUGGCUGAUAUGGACAGACAGUUUGCUGAUGGUGUAAUCCUGCUCUUGCUGAUUGGACAGUUAGAGGGCUACUUUGUCCCACUUCACGACUUUAACCUGACUCCUGUCAAUCACUCCGAAAUGCUCCAUAAUGUGACUUUGGCCUUGGACCUCCUCAUAGACGCAGGAAUGGAUGUGUCCAGCAUUUCUCCACAAGAUAUUGUGUCUCAGGACUUGCAGGCCACACUGAAGGUUCUCUACGCCUUGUUCAAGAAACACAAGGAGAAAUGAAAGUCCCACAGCUCAAAGAACAGACGGACUUUAUUUUAUCUUUUAUGGAGAGCUCUACAGACUGCGGAGAUGCUGAAAGGAUAUGACCAGACCAAAGAGACCUGGGAUAUGGACUCACAAAAUCACAAAAAUGGGAUAUUGUUUGAAGUUAUGGAGAGCUCACUUUCAGAUCAAGCAUAUAUGACUAUCAUAAGUUAUAAAGUUGAUGAGAUCUGGUAUUUGUUGCUAGACCUAAGUAAAAGUUGAAAUUUGACUGUGCAAAUUAGGUUAAAAUGAAAAACUCCAUUGAUAAACGAUUAAAUUUUUGCCUUCAACAUACAGGCUGUUAUGAAUGCAGAUAUCUGUAGAACAAAACUACUUAAUUGCACCACCCAUGUGUUGAUGUAUUAUGUGUAGGGAUUUUGUGUGAUGAGAACCAUAUGGAAUCAGCUGUCUGUGACGGAUUCAAAAAUAGGAUAAAUUGUAAUGUUUUAAGAAGAUAUUAUUGUGCCUAUCUCUGGUAUUUAGUAAUAAACUGUUGUGUGUACAUAGAU